AUGUUGAAAAAUUUGAGAAGUCUAGCAAGAACAUUCGCAACAACUGCAAGUGAAGAAACAACGCAGAAAGUCGAUAUCAGUUUCCUUCGCCCACGUCAUCGGAUCAUCGCAUCAGGAGGUAUUCCACCAUUGCAAUUCGAUUUCGAAAGGGAACGAGACUCCUACAGAGAACGAUUCGGAAGAUAUGGAUUAGCUAGCGGAGUUCCCGUAGAAGAGUUGUUUCCAACAGCUGAAGAAAUUGAAGAAGAACAAGCACUGGGAUUAUAUAGAGAAUUUAAUGAGGUCAAGAAAGAAUACAACGAGUUGCAGAAGAAAAAGAAGGAAGCCGCGGUUGCUAGACUAGCCGAGCUGGAAAAAAAUCUCAAAAAGUAUCCAUCUGCUCUCGCAAAGUAUGAGGCAUCUCUAGUGAAGCAAGAACGAGAAAAGGAUGAGAAAGAACUGGCUCUUGAGAAGAGAAUUCGUGACAUUCAGGAGUAUUUCGGAUAUUGGAUGGACCCGAAGGAUCCAAGAUUUGAAGUGAUGUUGCAACAAAAGGAGGCCGAGGAGAAGAAGGCGGCGAAGAUGGCAAAACGAGAUGAGAUUCAGAAGAAACGUUAUGCGGAAAACGUUCAGUAA